AUGAGUGAGAAUGGCGAGACGGCAGUCAUGCCUGUCAAUGAGGCGGCUGCUGGUUCGGCCGAGUCUGGGGCAGAGCAGGAGUCAACCGCUGACGUGGCUCAGGCUGAGGCACCGCAGCAGCGCAUGUCUUGGUUUGAGAUUGUGCGUCAGAUGGCUAUUCAGCUCGUAAUUUUCUGGUCCAUUCAAGGCCUCUUCAACGGCAAUUUUCUUGGCAGCCCCAGCUCUCAGAACAUCACCGCGGGCAACGUGACCAUGCCACCCGCCAACUUGAGCGGAGGCGCAUACUAUCCCCUCUUAACUUUUGGCGAUCAACUUAGCUUGCAGAUUUUUGUGAGCGAAGAAUCAGACUUUUCGACCGCACAGCGUGCAUCAGCUCAACCCACUUGGGCAUUACCCAAGCUGCAAUAUGGUGAUUGGACCGCUGGCCCGGAGAAGGACGGUGUCUUUUCCAUUGACCUGCAGCAAGACAUGGCACCGCUGCUCGCUAACAAUGGUUCCCUGUAUGUGCAUGCCUCCCUCCAACGCGUGGCAUGCAGCACCACCACGGCUCGCGAACGCUGCACUCCUGCUGAGCUGCGCUUUACGGAUCGUCUGAUCCGCUUUUUCCCACCCCCCACUGCCUCGACCAAGCACAACCUUUUGAGUGGUGCCCCAGCUACCGAGGUCGUGUCCACACCAGCAGCAACGACCGACCAUGAGAAAGCUCUCUGGAUACCCUAUUGGCACGAAAACAUCACCGUGGCUUUGCUGACGGAUCAAACCCCACUUCACCCACGCCAGCUUACCCCCGAGUUGACAUCCCUCGUGUCCUUCAACGAAAGCUCCCAUACUUUUGCCCCGACGUUUCACGUUGAUCGCUUCUGGGAGCUGAGCACCGAUCGGUAUCCGCUCAAUACGACGACGCCCACCGUGCCUUUGCGACUGCGCUUUGUGCCCGUGUCCCUCCUUCGGUGGCAGUUUCAAGCGCAAAUGCAGAAGAGCUUUGAUAUGCAAACCGCCUUUGGCACGUCGACCGAAGCACAGAGCGAGUCCAUGAAACGCAUGUUCAUUGAAACCAACCCGUGGUACUUGGGCUUGACCAUGGUCGUGUCUCUCCUCCACACCAUCUUUGACUGCCUCGCGUUUAAAAAUGAUAUUCAGUUUUGGCAACAACGUAAAAGCAUGGAGGGACUCUCCCUUCGCGCCAUCCUCAUUAGCCUGGCUACACAGGUCAUCAUCUUCCUCUAUCUUCUGGACCGGGAGGCAUCCUGGAUGGUCGUUAUCAGCUCGGGCGUUGGUCUUUUGAUCCAGGCUUGGAAGAUCACCAAGGCUUCGGAUGUUGAGAUUCGCUAUGUCCGCGGCAUUCUGCCAUAUCCGGUGCUGCACGACAAAGCAGACUAUGCUUCCACGACGCGCAAAUACGACGAGCUAGCCUGGAAAUACCUGUCCUGGGUGUUGUACCCAUGCUUGGGAGGCUAUGCCAUCUAUAGCCUGGUGUACGAGGAACACAAGGGCCUGUACAGCUUCACCGUGGGCGUCUUGGCUGGCGCCGUCUACGUGUUUGGAUUUAUCACGCAAACACCGCAGCUCUUCAUCAACUACAAGCUGCAGAGCGUGGCCCACAUGCCUUGGCGCAUGAUGAUUUAUCGCUUCCUAAACACCAUCAUUGAUGACCUUUUUGCCUUUAUCAUCCACAUGCCCACGGCUCACCGCAUUGCCUGCUUUCGCGAUGACAUCAUCUUUUUGAUCUAUCUCUACCAACGCUGGAUCUAUCGCGUCGAUCAUUCGCGCAAGGGUGACUAUGAUACAGGUGAAGGCGGUGAAGAGCCUUCCUCGACCACGCCCGCCGUACCGGCCUCGAGCGCUCCGCGAGCACUGCCGGCUGCUGAGAAAAAGGCGCAGUAG